UUUGACUUAAGUGACUAGUCCAAAGUUUGGGGCCUGGCAGACAUUUUGGAGGAGCUGGUGACAAUUUAGACUCAUCACACUUCAUUCAAGGGCUCUUUACAGUCCACAAAAAAGAAAUCACAGGAGACCGCACCCAGAAAGGAAACAUCUAAUGGUACAAAGUUCAAUCAGCCCAUUUCUGAGGAGAAGGAAGUGAACCUAAACUCCUCUCUUGUCUCUUUCCUGCACUAGAGGCCAUGGCUGCUGCAAAUCCAGCAAAAACUCUCCAGGAUGAACUGACCUGUUCCAUCUGUCUGGAGUAUUUUAAAGAUCCGGUGUCUCUAGACUGUGAUCACAAUUUCUGCAGAGCCUGCAUCACCCAGUUCUGGGAGGGAUUGGCUACCAAUGUCUCCUGCCCUCAGUGCAGAGUGACUUUUUCCCAGAGGAACCUCCGGCUGAACAGGCAGCUCAGGAAUAUUGUGGAAGCAGCCAGAGAACUCAGGUUGCCAUCAGGAAGGGAACCAGAACCAGAGAGACUGUGUGAGAAACACAAGGCGCCUCUAAAACUGUUCUGCAAAGAGGACGAAAUCCCCAUCUGCCUGGUGUGUGACAGAUCCAAGGAGCACAGAGAUCACAGAGUCAUUCCUGCAGAGGAAGCUGCCAAAGAAUUCAAGGAAAAGAUUCAAGCCCACUUGAAGAUGCUGAGGGAAGAGAGAGAAAAGCUGCUGGGAUUGAAAGUGAGAGAAGAGAAGAGAAGCCUGGAAUACCUGAAACAAACACAAACCGAGAGGCAGAAGAUCGUGUCUGAAUUUCAGCAACUCCGGCAGUUCCUGGAGGAACAAGAGCGACUCCUGCUGGCCCAGCUGGAGAAGCUGGACAAGGAGAUUGUGAAGACACAGAAUGAAAGUGUCAGUGAAGUAUCUGAGGAAAUUUCCCGUCUUGGUAACCUGAUCAGUGAGAUGGAGGGGAAGUGUCAGAAGCCAGUGACUGAAUUGUUGCAGGAUGUCAGAAGCACUUGGAGCAGGUCUGCGAAGGGGAAGUUCCAGCAGCCAGAGGAGAUUUCUCCUAAAUUAGAAUUAAGACUCAGUGAUUUCUCCCAGAAAACUGUUGCUCUAAUGGAGACUCUCAGGAAGUUCAAAGACACUCUGCCAUCUGCACUAGAGACAAAAAGAGGAGAAUCCCUAGGAACUUUCAGACAGGCGCAUGUGACUCUGGAUCCAGACACGGCUCAUCCCCAACUUGUCCUGUCUGAGGAUCGGAAAAGUGUGAGACGGAGGGACACACGGCAGAAUCUACCCAACAACCCUGAGAGAUUUGACUGUUGGGCCUGUGUGCUGGGCUGUGAGGGAUUCAGCUCGGGGAGACAUUGCUGGGAGGUGGAGGUGGUGGAUGGGGGAGGCUGGGCUGUGGGGGUGACCAGAGAGUCUGUGGGGAGGAAGGGACGGAUCAGCCAUAGCCCUGAGGUGGGGAUCUGGGCUGUGGAGCUAUGGGAGGGUCAGCUCCGGGCUCUCACCUCCCCUGUGACCCCCCUGCCCCUGAGCCAAGUCCCCAGCAGGAUCCAGAUUUGUCUGGACUGUGACUGGGGACAGGUGACAUUUAUUGAUGUUGAUGACGAGGCCCCGAUCUUCACUUUCCCGCCGGGCUCCGUCCCUGAGGAGAGAAUCCACCCCUGGCUCUGGGUGUGGCUGGGAUCCCAGCUCACACUGUGUCCCUGAGCGGGACUGGGCAGGAAUAUCUCAUUGGGGAACCAGACAUUAACCUUUCUAACCUCACACAACCCAGUCUCUAUGACCUUGGAGGACUCCUGUUUACCCAGCUCCUGGCUCCUCAUCUCUAUGACCUGUGGAAGCCCCUCCUCUUUCUUGCAGUCUCAAAGAUGGGAGGGGGAAGAACCCCUGGGGCUGCAGAGGGGCCCUGAAGGGCUGAUGUGAGGGCUGGGCAGGACUAACAGCCAGGCUGGGACAGGUGCAGGUGGGGGUGCAGGGACACAGUGCGAAUCAAUCAGGGUUUGGGGGGUUGGGGAGAAGCAGCAGCAGGGAGCGGUUUGUACAGAUCUGUGGGAUUAAAUGGGGCAGGUUCAGUGCCCCAAAAUGAUGUGAUGCCUUU